AUGGCUAACGAGCAGAAGGUGCCGAGAGAUGUAAUCGGUCACCGCCUGCAAGCCUUUGCAGGCUUUCAUCUCGGCCUUCAGCUCAUUCGCAGCUACCUUGAUGCCGGCUGCUACGAGAAGGCCGCUGAGUGGACAGACCGGCUUCAGCUUAGCGCCGAGAUCAGUAUGGAGGUAACACACCAGCUAGCCUCAGAGCCCCGCAUAGGCCUGACAGCCGCGGAUCAUUGUUUUAAUAACAUCAUCGGCACACGGAUUCCGAAAGGCGAGAAAGCGGAGGCCCUAGUGCGUAAACAGAAGGACUGGGCUCUGCGGACGGCAAGCGCCUCCACGCCUGGCAGUCAUGGCGGCAGCCAUUCUCGCGGCGCCGGAGGCUCCGGUGGCGGAGGCAGCGGUGCCGGAUCGCGCGGCAGCAACCAAAGGGGUGGCGGCCAGCGCGGAGGUCACGAGUACGGCGGAGACUUAGAUGCCCGGGCUGAGGCUCUUUUGGUCGCUCUUGGCGCGGAGGCGGACGCAGAGCUCUCCUUGGCGACUCAGUUUGCCCAAGUGGCCGGUCAGACACUCGCCCCGCGGACGUCCAAUGAUUACGCGCGGUCUUGGGAACCUUUCCGCGAGUGGUGGGUGGCCAGGCGACUGCCCGGAAGCAUCUAUGACACCCCCGGUGAGUUGGUGGCGCUCUAUCUGCUCUCCCUGCUGAACUCGUCCAAGGAAGAUAAGGUGGGGCCUGGACGGGUUCGUACAGCGAGUGCAGCAAUCAGCUCCUAUUUCCGCCUAGCCGGCAGAGCGCCCCCUACAGAGCACCCUGCCUGCAGCAUCGUCCGCGACCUCGCCGAAAAGCAACUCCAAGGCCGUAAGCUGGAACGCGACGCCCUGGAGCCGGCGGACGUCACGGUGCUGGCCCGGCUGGUUGGUGGGCCGGAGCCGCCCCUCGACCUGCUGAUGACCGUUACAGCCAUCGUGGUCAUGUUCGCGGGGUUCUUUCGGUUCGACGACGCUGCGGAGAUCAGCGUUCACGAGGACCUUCUGGUUAUCACGGCAACUGGCAUGGAUGUUUUCAUCCCUCGUUCCAAGACCGAUCAGCAGAGACGGGGUCACUGGGUCCCCAUCGCCCGCGUCGGCGGUGCCGUGUGCCCCGUGGGCCUGACGGAGCGCCUUCUCACCCUGGGAGGGUACAAACGCCGCCCAGACACGCCGGACGAGGACGUCGGGCCCCUUCUGCGGCCCGUCCAGUGGAAAGGGCCGGGGGGAGGAAACAGCACUGCCGCCGACCGCGGUGUGCCUGCGGACCUGCACAAGGCGCACGGCCGGUGGCGCAGCGACGCCAUGGUACAGCACUACACGUGGCGCGACGGGGAGGCGAAACUCUCCGUCUCCCGCAGCCUAGGCCUCGCCAAAGAGCAUACAGCCUUGUCCAAUUGUCAGUGCGACAGGCUGUACUUGCCCCCCGCCCGCCCUGUCCCUUCUUGCCCCAGAUGCAGCACUGUUUGGCUCGGCCUGGCGUCGGCGGACUCCUGA